UAUUUAUCAGGUUAAGAGUAAAUAGCGUCUCUGUGCAUACACAUAGUGUGUAUUUGAGUAAGUCGAGGAAACCUAUGAAGCGAAGAAGAAAUUGUUUUAAAUAUGUUUUAUGCACAUAUAAUAUUGGCCAAAAAGGGCCCAUUAGCCAGAGUAUGGUUAGCCGCACAUUGGGAUAAGAAAAUAACAAAGGCUCAUGUGUUUGAAACGAAUAUUGAAAAAUCGGUUGAGGGAAUCAUGCAACCAAAAGUUAAAUUGGCAUUGAGAACUUCAGGUCAUCUGCUACUUGGCGUUGUUCGCAUAUAUUCUCGAAAAGCGAAGUAUUUGCUGGCGGAUUGCAAUGAAGCUUUUGUAAAAAUAAAGAUGGCGUUUCGACCUGGAAUGGUGGAUUUACCUGAAGGGCAUAGAGAAGCAAAUGUAAACGCAAUAACUUUGCCAGAAGUUUUUCACGAUUUUGACACAGCUCUUCCAGAAAUUAACGAUAUUGAUAUAGAAGCACAGUUUGCAAUUAAUCAAUCUCGAGCAGAUGAAAUAACUAUGCGAGAAGAUUAUGGAAGUCUUUCAUUGUCGCUUCAUGAUGAUGGAUUUGGUGAUAUUGGUUUUGAUGGUGAUACUCCCGAUUUAAUACGUGCUGGUCUUGACUCUACGAUUAACAAUCAAUUAUUUGAGGAAAAUGUUAUUGCAAGUGAAUCGAAACCCGAGUUUAGUAAAUUAAACGAUGCUGAAAUGUCUAGUGGACAUCUGGAUGGAGAUAGCUUUGGAGAUGAGUUUGGACAGCCCAAACUUUUUGAAGAUGAUAUCUUUGGUGAGCCCCCAAUGGAUACACGCGUGAAUAAAGAAAUAUCUGCAAAUGAUUGCGUUAAUGAUUCGGAUGAUGAUGAUAACAAUCAUUUCAAUAGUGGUAACAAUUCACCAAUGUAUACGUCCCACGAUUCUCAGUUGCAAAAAUUAAUUGAAGAUUCUGUAGGUAAUAAAAACGUUGAAGACGAUUUGUUAAAAGAAAAAGAAAACGUCCUGGAACAAUCUACAAUAGUACAAAAUGAAGAUGAGAGUUUUGCUCUUGCUCCUAUAGAUGCAUCCGCUUACAAAGGAAUAACGAAAACAAAAAGAAAACGAAAAUUGAUUGUAGAUGAAAUAAAAAACAUAUCUGGUGAAGAAAUGAAAGCUCAAUUGGCAAAUACAUCGGAUAUUGUUACUACCUUAGAUCUUGCGCCCCCCACCAAGAGGUGGUUAAUGUAUUGGAAGGAGACUGGAGGAGUAGAAAAACUAUUUUCGUUGCCGUCAAGAACAAUUCCUGCUCGAUUUUUAUUUGUUAAUUAUCAACGUCAUCUCAUAUCCCGAUUUACUCAGUUAGAAGAUUUUUCUGCUCUUGGUCCUAGUGAUCUUUUAGCUAUAGAUCAAUUUCAACAUGAUAGUGAUAUAAAUAUCCUUAAUAAUAGAAAAGGACGCAAACGUAAAGUGGAUUCAUUUGGUUUGAACAAUCAAAUAAAUGAAAAUAUUGGCGAUGUUAAUCAACAAAGUCUUGUGCAGCCAGAAUUAAUGCGAGAUGCAGAAAAUUAUUCAGCAGUUGGUGGCAUAUCAAUCAAUGCUAAUGUUAAUACAACUGAUUCUGCGAAUGGUAUUCCUUUAUUCGAAACAGUUGCUAGUCCUGAACAUUUCUUUUCUAUGAAUGAUGUACAUCAUGUUACAAAUUCUGACGACAUUCCUUAUAUUACAAGAAAUGCUGAAAAUGAUAUAAAUGACGAAUUUAAUCAAUCAGAUCCAGCACCAACUGAAUUACAUCACGAUCAUCUGUCUCCGCAUCAUUCUGGGAUCGAGAAUAUUGAUUCACUUCCAAAUUUGAACGUAGAUCAAGUUUCUUCUAUACUUAAUGAAUCAAAAGAUCCUGAUGGUGUUACAGAAAGUAAUGCUGACAAAUCGUAUAAAAUGAUGUCAGAGUGGAAUGAUUAUGACCUUCCACUUCCUAUAGAAUUACAGAAUCCCUGUGAUGAACAAUUGGAAAAUGAAACGAAUGAACAGUUUGAAGAACGAGUUUUAAACAAAAGAGCUGCACAAUUGUUUUAUGCUGUAAAGUCACGCCUUGUUAAACAAGAACGUUUACUUUUAUCAGAGUUAACGACGAGAAAUUCACGGAAACAAGCUGCCCAAAAAUUUUAUUCGUUGUUAGUUUUAAAAAAGUUUCGAGCGCUAGACAUAUCGCAAAGUAUACCAUAUUCUGAAGUCGUAAUAACGCGAGGACCGCUUUUUGAAAAUCCAAAACUGUAAUGUAAAAAAAUGUAACAUUUUGUACCGUAUUUAAAUGAAUAAUUAAAAUUUUAACUAGAAUUAAGAAAACAAUACAAUUAUUAAAUUUUUUUUAUAUUUAAAUAAAAUCCUGUUGUACAAAUUAUAAAAUGUUAAGAAUUUGUAUAUUUUUUUCAUAACACAUGUAAAUAAAGCAAGUAAAGGUCU